AUGGAGCGAAAUAGAUCCAAACCAUCGAAAUGGUGGUCCAAGUUGGACUUGGAUACUCGGACCAUGCUAAUGAUGUUGAAGGGUGCACUAGCACCUACAAUUACGAUCGCGAUUGAUGCCAUAUCUCACAUCACUACAACGAUCGGCUACCUGUCGGCUUUGAUGUCAGUGGUGGCACAAGGUCUCAUGCCCAGAGCGAAGUUUCUCAAAAUCAUGUUCUUUAAUUUAACAGCGGUCUGCGUCUCUGCGUCACUCUGUUGCCUGGCUGUGCUGUGCGCGGUGAAGGCUAGAGAGCACAACACCGCUCCCAAUGCGAGCGAGAGUGCCCGGAAGGGAUAUAGCAGUGAUGCGUGUGCCGUCGCCGGCAUAUGGCUCAUACUUAUGAUUUGGGGCGCCAAUGCACUGCGGGCACUGAAGCCAAUGGAGCUGCAAGAUCCCAUGGUCGCCUUCUCGAUCUUCGCUUCGGUAACCAUCACCCGCGCGGGGACCUUCGUGACAUUGGCCGAGGGUCUUGAAUUUGUCUCCCGACUUUUGAAAGGGUUUAUGAUUGGCUUUGCCGUUGCGACCGGUGUUUCAUUAUUCAUUUACCCAAUCACGAGCCGAGGGAACAUGUUCCACGAUAUCAAAGGGUACGCCAGUUCAAUUGAAGCAGUGCUCGAGUCGCAGAUAUCGUAUGCCCAGGGGAGUUCCGUCACCGGUCUCCUUUCCGGGGGCCUUCUUCGGCGCGCGAGAACGGCCAAAAGCACCCGGGACAGGCUGGAUGACGAUGAGGCCGAUUGGCAGUCAAAGCAAAAGCAACCGCAGCUGGAAAUGGCGAAACUCAAUGGCUUGCAUAGUAAGAUGCAAGCCGAUCUAUUCUAUUCCAAAGAUGAGAUCGCAUGGGGUAAAUUGACUGCCAAGGAUCUGGGCGAUAUUGAGCACCUUUUCCGAACUCUUCUUCUCCCUCUUUCUGGAAUGUCGAUGUUGCCAGAAAUAUUGGAGUCAAUUGUCAACAAUGAAGUUUGCGAAAAAGGAGCCACCGAAGUUGGCGAUCCCGACGAAGGGGAAUUGAAGCAAUCGGAGAUUCAAAGGGUGGUGGAGACACUGCAUGAACGUCUGGUCAGUUCCUCAAAGCUUGUUCAGCAGGGUCUCCACUAUUUUCUAUUGGCUUUGGAGCUUGCCAAACCAAAACAUUUGGAAAAGCACAAAAUUCCACACGCUCCAUCGGCUGUCAGGGACGAGGAAUCAAGGGGCGAAACUUUAUCAGCACUGCAGCCAGACUUCCCUGCACGAUUUGAGCAGGAAUUGCACAGAUACUACUCUCGUCGAAAGCACCUACCUCAAUUGCUAGCAUCCCUCGAGGCAUUUGCUGCUACGGAAAAGCAUGAUGUGGAUACAUCACCAGAUGGACCAUCGCAUAUCGCAAGUGAUCCGGAUGUGCGGCAGGAGUUCUUCAUGAUCCUGUACAUGGGCCACCUCCAAGAUGACAUGCUGAAUGCGAUAUUGCAGCUGGUGCAGUUUGCAAAUAGCAAGAUUACAGAUGGGACUAUGAGCCGGAGUCGACUCAUAUUCCCAAAGCAAAGAUCUAUCCGAGCAUGGCUCUCACUGAGCCAGGACAGAAAGGAGACACAUGCUCCAUCACAGAGCAGACAGUCGUCCAAUACCAAUCCUUCCGCCAUCUACCAUGAUCAGCCUUCAAAUAGGUUUCCAGACCCCGAACACCUGCCCCCUGAUAAUUUCUGGGAGAGGGGAAGCACAGUGCUACGAACCAUUUCCCAUCUCAUCAAGUCUGACCAGUGCCUCUUUGGAUUCCGUGUCGCUGCAGCUUCAUUCUCUGUCGGAAUCCUUGCGUUUUUGCAUCAGACACAGGACUUCUUCAUCCGACAGAGGUGCAUCUGGGCAAUGAUUGUGAUCGUCAUUGGGAUGAAUCCAACCAGUGGCCAAACUAUGUUUGGGUUUGUUGCUCGGAUUGUCGCAACGACGAUUUCGCUCGUGCUCAGCUUGAUAGUAUGGUACAUCGUCGAUGGGAAGACUGCCGGCGUGAUCGUUUUUCUCUAUCUGGCCAAUGUCUUCGAGUACUAUUUCUACAUCAAGCUCCCACAGUAUUUUGGAGCAUCUGUCAUCUCUAUCGUUACUCUGAACGUCAUCAUCGGCUACGAGCUACAGGUCCGAAAACUGGGAUUCCCAGAGGCAACUUCAAAUGGACAACCAUACUACCCAAUAUACCUGUUCGGGCCAUACAAGCUGGCAGCCGUGGCAGCCGGAUGCGCGAUUUCCUUCUUCUGGGUCAUAUUCCCAUACCCAAUAACAGCCAAGUCCCAAAUGCGCAAAUUACUAGGACGAAGCCUCUACGUGCUAGCCAAGUUCUACAGUUGCAUGCACACCACCAUCGAAUUAUGGUUUAGUGACGAGCUAGGGAGCUUAGCCGACUCCAACUCUCCCGCCCAAAAGCUUCAAGCAUCACGUCGCAAGAUCUUCAAGGAAGAAAUGCUGCUUCUUACCAGUCUUCGCGCUCACAGCCACUUCACUACAUACGAGCCACCCAUCGGAGGCAAAUUCCCAAAAGCGACGUAUGACAGCAUCGUUUCUGAGAUCCAGAGGAUUUUGACUAGCAUGUCACUCAUGGCGCACACGACGCAAAGCCUUGAAGCACUAGUCGUUGAAUCGGAUACUUCUCCAGAGACUGACAAUCAGUGGAUGUCGCGGCUAGCAGAGAUCGCGCUGAAAUCGACAGAUUUCAAUUCCCAUCGCAUUACCUCCCUGCUCUGUCAUCUUUCUGCGGCGAUCACGAACGGCCAGCCUUUGCCGCCGUAUCUAUCGACACCGGAUUCAUUCCCACUUGCACGUCAAUUGCAGAAAAUCGACGGGGAGCUCCUCAGUAUUCGGCAUAUUGAAGACCCGGCUUUCUCGGCAUUUGUCUCCUUGGAAGUGCUGAGGUCGGUGAUUAGUUUCAGUCUUCGGGACCUCAUAGAGUAUGUAUUUCUCUCCAUUGUGGUCUACAUUUGCUGA